AACCGCUUUGUCAACAUGGCCGGAUCCGCAAUCUGUUUCCUGCUUGUAGCAACGCUAUGUACCUGGGCAACAGCUUCAAGCUCGGAGUGCGACCAGACGCCCCUUGUCACAUUCAACCUGAAUCAGAUUGUAAACUGCGGCUUCAACGGCGAGUCCUGGUCUGUCUGGAACGUUCCCAACACGGCGCCCUACUGUGGGGCCGACGUCAUUGACAAGUCAGCGGAUGGAAAGUUCCUCUGCUACGACAUCGAGAGCGGGACCUGCAACAGAAUACCGUACAUCUACGGCGUCCGCAGUGGUGGCAAGGGACCAAACUUCCUCGAGCGUGACCUCGGCAAUGCUAGCAAGACCACAUCGCUGAUCCUGGACACCGACAACUGCCACUACCUUGUCCAGCUGGAGUGCUUUCCUGACGGAUCCGUCAGCCGCUACGUGACCUACAAGAGUAGCUGGACGAGCGCAGAAAAAAGUGCCUUCAAGACCAAAGCUGCCUCGAACUCGGCCCUGAGUUUUGUCCAGGACUACACGUUCGACUGCGCAAACGGAAAUGUCUAAUCCACGAUCUGCAAGUC